GACUGCCACAGAAGGAGGGCCGGACCAGCUUGUGUACAAUCGUCAAGGUGUCGAUACAAGCGGAUGAGCGUUCACAUUGCAGAUGAAAUCGGCACAGGGAGCGUUUGUUUUGUCGUAGCUUGUAGGCAGACUGAAGUUUGCCUCUUGGGAUCUUUCUUGUUGUGGAAUACAGGAUCAGAAGCAACAUGUUUCCGGUCAGGCAGCCUUGGCUUUGCAAAGCCUUAGGUUGUUAUGAUUGCUGUAUCCGGUGCUUGGGGGCAGUGCCCUACCCAUCUCUGGUGGCCACCUUGCUGUGCUAUGCAGGCAUGGCUCUAUUUUGUGGCUGCGGGCACGAAGCCUUAACCCAGACCGAAGUCCUGGUCGAGACUUACUUCGCCCGUAAUGAGCAGGACUAUGAGGUCGUGGCUUCCUUUGUUGAAUACUUCCAGUACGUCAUCUACGGCCUGGCCUCAUUUUUCUUCCUCUAUGGUAUCCUGCUGCUGGCUGAAGGCUUCUACACGACAAGCGCAGUCAAGCAGACCUUCGGGGAAUUUAGGAGCACCCACUGUGGGCGAUGCCUCAGCCUGACGUUUAUCAUUGUGACGUAUAUCUUGGCCUUCAUCUGGCUGGCAGUGUUUGCCUUCACUGCUAUUCCAGUCUACUUCUUGUUCAACAUGGAGCAGACCUGCCACGACAUCAACAUCCUGGCUGAAACUACCCCCAGCAUCAAUCAGCACGGGUGGAUUUGCAUGGACGCCAGGCAAUAUGGGCUGCUUCCCUGGAAUGCAGUGCCGGGCAAGACUUGCGGAAUGACCUUGGCAUCUAUUUGCAAAACGAGCGAAUUUCACCUCACUUAUGACCUGUACAUUGCUGCAUUUGCUGGUGCUGGAAUCACCCUCUUGGCAUUGAUUCUGUUUUUGGUUGCAACCACCUACAACUAUGCAGUCCUGCGAUUCUUGGGCAGGAAAGGAGUCCGCUAAGCAGCCAAUCCGAUUCACCUGCUUGUACUGCAUUCCUCCUAAAUGCAUCCAGUAACAUUCCUCACCACUAUUUCUUGUGUGUCAACAACUUUCAAAGAGAUGAAGAUUUCUGCCCUCUCGGAUGAUUCUCUUAGCAUCGUUGUUCAUUUCUCUUUUUGGUGACCUUUAGUGCCAGUGCUGUUGUGAUAUGCAUUUCAGGAAUAAUAUACAGCCGGCUCCUCUUGCAAAGAGUAACUUGCUUUUUACUCUUUUUAGUGCUUACAGAUGCACGCAUUGAGUAUAUGGAAAUUAGUUGGCUGCUGUUGUCUUGGCGGCGUCGUGUAUAUUGAUUGUGUGUUUUGAAA